AAAAGGGGCACUCCACUUCCACUUUUUUCUUUAUUAAAACCCCCCACUCUCCACAGAUAAUAUGACCGCCUUGAGAAUAAUCUCUCACCUUGGUAUCGCCGCACGUCCGAGUUUGGCCAGAGCUAUUGUGACGCCCCGAUUCGCGGUUGCUCCUCUAGCGAGUCAAGUGUCUCGGUUCAGCACCUCUACUCCUGUUCGUCACGCGGCUCAUCAUGAUAAUAAAAGCCACCAGAUUUCGGGAAAACCUGUUGGCGCGCUCGAUGUCGCUGCUCAGCAAUUACUGCUGACGGAAUUAUUGAGAGGCAUGUGGGUCGUUUUGGAACAGUUCUUCCGUCCUCCGUACACCAUAUUUUACCCUUACGAGAAGGGCCCUCUUUCGCCUCGUUUCCGUGGUGAACACGCUCUUCGUCGCUACCCUACUGGUGAGGAACGCUGUAUUGCCUGCAAGUUGUGCGAGGCCAUCUGUCCCGCUCAAGCCAUCACCAUCGAAGCCGAGCCUCGAGAGGAUGGAUCACGACGUACUACUCGUUACGAUAUUGAUAUGACCAAGUGCAUCUACUGCGGUUUCUGUCAGGAAGCUUGUCCAGUUGAUGCCAUUGUCGAAAGUCCUAAUUAUGAAUACAUCACGGAAACUCACGAAGAGUUGUUGUAUAACAAAGAAAAGUUGCUGGCUAACGGAGAUAAAUGGGAAGUGGAAAUUGCUAGAAACUUGCAAGCCGAUCAUCCCUACCGUUAAAACAACGUAGAAUCAUAGAACUAAAAAAUAAUAAAAAGAACUAGUUUAUGAAUACUGACGGUGCCCUUGUUCUGGAGCUUCUUAUAUACCUCAAAAAGUGUCGUUCCGUUCGCUGUGGCAUGCCUACAGCUUUUCGCAGACACACCCUUUGUAAAUUGUCGUAUAUUUUCACCUAUUGAAUUUAUGAUCAAUAAAAGCAUCAAGCUACAUAUUUCGACAAACUUUU